GCAGAGGCCGGCGGCGCGAUACCGGCACGGGGACCGCUCUGCGCCAUGGCGUACUCGACGUGCUGCAGGGUGGCCAUGGUCUCCUGCCUGGUGCUCUGCGUCUCCCUCCUCCUGCCGCGGACCUUCUUGUCGCGGGGCGGCGGGAGGCAGGAGCCCGGGGCUGCGCCGCUCGCAGCGCCCGCGCCGCCCGAGGGGAAGCUGGGUCGCUUUCCACCAAGGAUGCAUUACCAGGCCACUCCCAACAGUCCAGCUGCCCCUCACUUUCCAAGGUCUCACCUUGCUGAAGCAGUUGCCAAAGCCAAGGCAGGUGGAGGUGGUAGUGGAAGUACUGGUGGAACUGGGAGAGGUCUUGUGGGGCAGAUUAUCCCUAUAUAUGGAUUUGGCAUCUUCUUAUAUAUCUUGUACAUUCUAUUCAAGUUGGCUUCCAAGGGAAAAACUACUGCUGGAGAGCGGAAAUGCCCUACUGCUGCACCUGGAAAUGCGAAGAGGAAAAUCACUGAUUAUGAACUCAAUCAACUCCAGGAAAAACUGAGAGAGACAGAAGAAGCUAUGGAAAAAUUAAUCAACAGAGUGGGACCUAACUGUGACAGCAGAACUCAAAAUGUUACAACAGACCAGGAGAAAAGGUUACUUCAGCAGCUCCGAGAAAUUACGAGAGUUAUGAAAGAAGGAAAAUUCAUAGAUGGCAUCUCUCCUGAGAAGGAAGCUGAAGAAGCUCCUUACAUGGAGGACUGGGAAGGUUAUCCAGAAGAGACCUACCCUGUCUAUGAUAAUUCUGAUUGCUUCAAGCGCAAACAGGACACCAUCCUGGUAGAUUACCCUGACCUGAGCCAGCCCUCUGCAGAAGAGCUGGCAGAAAGAAUGGAGGGCAUGGAAGAGGAGUAUCUGUGCAAUGAAGGCCUGCUCUCUGAUCUCACCAUAGGAAGAGUCAGUCAUGUUUUAACACAGAAAAAGGACGAGGUAACUGACAACAGUGAAGAGGAGAGGGACCUUCAGCACAGCCAAAGCUGUGAGGAGUGCUGCUGUUGUUAUGAGGAUGAUGAUCCUGCUAUCCUAGCAGAGAACGCUGGAUUCCACUCUGAAAGCUGCAGUGAAGCAGAAGAGUCAGCCCAAGAGGAUCUGUCUUUGGAGUCAGAAAAUGAAAAUGCAGCACUGAAAAAGCAGCAAGCAAGUGAUUCAGAUGAGACGGGCACGCUGAGAAAACGCACCAUGAAAGCACUUGAGUAGCAGGGACACUAGUCGAUGUUGUUUAGAUUCUGAAGGUAGAGGUCAUAAACUGUCAUUCCUGUGGGUUUUGUUCCCAAAGAUGUCUCUGUGUUUAUCUUCCUGUACCAAUUUCAUUCCCAUGGUAACAAUCAGUCUCAUCAUCUACCUGAAUUGCAAGCUGUUAACUCCAAGUAAUAUCAUCUGUCCAUCCUUCUGUCUCUGUAACAAUGCUCUCACAGUGUAAACACUACUAAAAGCCACAGGAGUGGACAGACUGAGUGCAAAGGAUGUGAAGAUGAACAGUUUUGGUUCUUCUGUAGAAACAGUGAGUCUGGACAGAUUCAUGCUGCUAUGUAACUUGCCAAGCAUAUGGCUUGCCCUUAUUCCAUGCCAGUGAUCUAUAAUAUCUAUGUCCCAUGGCUGCUGCAGGUGGAGCAGUAGUCCAGCCCAUUGUCAUGAGAACACAUAGAUGCCAUCUCAGGUCUACUGCAGCCAACAGAAAGGCAGACUCUCAGAAUUUUACCUGUCAAUGCAAGUAUGUGCUUGUGGUGUACUUGAAAUUCUUGCUGCUUUUAAAGGUAUGUGAAAUGUAAAAGGUUUGACUGUUUUCAUUUGGGCAAAUUUGUGCAUUUAAUUUUGUGCAAGACAUACUGGUAAAAGCAUGAAUAAGUGGCUUUCCUCAUUAAAUAUAAGAGAGUUUUUCAACACCUAUCUUCAUAGAUUAAGAAGCCAAAACACAGUAGGUCAUGAAUAACAAAGUCCAUGCUCCAAAGUGCAGUAAUGUUAAUUAAGACUACCACAGGCUGCAUCCUAAGUCAAAUCUGGUUUUUGAUUUUGAUGGCUUCCAGCCUCCCUACUAAAAGGUCAUUUUUGACACACAAGUUGAAGCCCAGAAUUUCUUUUCAGGCCCCUUAGCAUAGGUAACUCCAGAAUUCAGCUGUGUCCUGUGAGUUAGUGUGGUGGGCCACCACAGUCCUCAUAGACACAGCAAGCACAUGCUGCACUGGGGUGUGAGACAAGAAAUAAUUCUAUCAUAGCACUAGUGAGGAAAGCAGAAAUGAAAUGAAAAUCCAAUGAAUUCUCCUUUACUAACACAGAGACCACUUGUUAGGACUCCUUUUAAAAGCUGUGGCAGAGCUAAAGGCUUCAUAUUUCUUUGCACCGCCAAAGGAGAAUAUGAUGCUGGGUGCAGGUUGAUUGUGUGAUGUCAAAGAAUCUCAAUAGCACAGUCCUGAGGUCCCAAUGGCCUUGGCAGCUCCACCCCAGGUACAAGAAAAUGCUCACUGCAUGUAGCCAGCCAUAGCUUGUACAGCAGCUUACUACCAGCCUUCAAAUUGAUAUUUCCCAUGUUGUUAGAACACUUCCUUUCCUCACUUUGCUUCAGCUUUCCCCUCUCUGAAACAGAAAUGUUUCUUCAGAUAAACAUUCUUAUAAAGGAUCAUCUCAUAGGGG